AUGCUGCCUGUUUCACGACCUGAAGGUCAUCUGAACCUCAACUACAUUCCAACAACCCAGCCAAUGUCGGGGCGCAGCUCACCCAAUGAUUUGUCCACGUCCACCACUAUCAAAUCUUUCGGUGUAUCAUCUGGGCUGAAUAGUUCUGCGGGGUCAAUCGGAGGUACAAGGCUAGGGGCUGGAUCCCCUUCCCACGAACUCGGGGCUCGUCUGUAUUCUAAGCGAGCACGAGAGAUUCAAGCCCAGGAAGGUGUGGCCCCGAGUAUUUGGGGCCCCCCAACCAGUGGGCAUUCCACCCCCCUGCGUGAGAAUAUUCCGGAGUCUCCGACCCAGGAUGAGUUUCCCGACCUUGUACCGCAUUCGGACUCGUCGUUGCCACGGAGAGCGAGAGCAGGCACGGUCCCCUCUAGGUUUUCGCCCGUCGGUGCGGUCAACGGCCUGAGCAUUCAGCAACCGUUCAUGCCUCAGACCUCUCGACCUACGCCGUCAACAAGCCCCUUUCGCCCUUCCGGCGUCUCCUCGGGAAUUGAUUCAAGCGCCAAGCCUACGACAGCCGUGCCGGGGGGUAUUACUGCCAUCCUUUCUCGUCUUCGGGCUGGUUCAAUGCCGCAGAGGACAAACUUUCUGGGGGCUGCAAACCCGUUUGGGCCUUCCCUUUUUUCGACAAACUGGUCAACGGGGCGUGAACGAGCAACUACUCUCACGAGUAUUAGGUCAUCUGAGGGUCCUAACUCACCUACCCAAUCGUCCUUCUCACGCGAUGGUCUUGCAGAUAAUGAUGUGAAGACAUUGGACUAUUUGGGGCUAGCGGAGACUCCGCAACAGACGCGAGUCACUCUUGCCGGAUCUUCCGUCGAUGCUCUCCUUCAUCAGCAGCAGCAACAGCAACAACAGACGGCUGCGCUGCCACCCCUGUUGGCCGAGUUGGCAAUGAUGAAGAACAACAACAGGAUCAGAUCAUAUUCUGUAAAUGCUAAAGAAAAAUAUGCAGAGGAUGACGAACUUGAGUACGAAAACCGCUACUCUGAACUCCCUUCCGGCACCCUGACGCCUUCGGCGGCAGCAACUGCUGCCCAGCUCGCUGCGACGCAGGCCCAGAUACAUCAGCAUAACCUUGCCGUUCAAGCCUUUGCUAACCACGCCUCCUCCAGUCGUCCGCGAGCCAGGACGGCUGGAAUUCUGGAGGCUCCUCCCCAGCGGUCUUCGAUCCGUAAUUAUCUCGCAACCCCGUCGCGGCUCGAUAGCAGCAUUACGGCGGCCGAUCUGCAUAUCCCCGAAAAUGGAGAAUAUGAAGAGUUGUCAGAGGCGGUGCAUAUGAUGCAUCUUGCUGGUGGUGGCGGCGCCAGUCUUGGAAUUCGAUCGACUGCUGAGAUGGGAGAUGAGAAUACCCUGGAUGGCCCUACAAGAGCACUGUGGAUAGGUAGCAUCCCCGUAUCUACCACUGUCACUUCUUUGGAAGCGAUUUUUGGUAUAUACGGCAAGAUCGAAUCGACUCGAGUUCUCACCCACAAGAACUGCGGGUUUGUCAACUUCGAACACAUUGAAAGCGCUAUCCAGGCCAAAUCCGUGCUCAAUGGCAAGGAGAUCUUCCCGGGUGCAGGGCCUGUCCGUAUCGGUUAUGCGAAGGUUCCUGGGACUUCCGCGUCCGGUACCCCUGGACCAAAUGGCAGCCACUCUUCCCCGACCCCGGAUCCAAAUUUCAAAUCGGACAAUGCUACGGGCGAAGGUAUCGAUAAAUUUGAUGGUACUGGACCAAACGUUCCGCAAGUACCAACCCUCAUUGAAUUGCAGCCAGAGAUGGUACAAAUUGUCAAAGAAUUCGGCGCAACCGAAGAGAAUUCCCUCCAUAUUACAUCUAGCAUUCAGAGGGCCAUUGCAUACCAGAGUUUUGAGGAUGAAAUCCCGCCGAUUCCUGAGCCCAGCCAGGCCAGGAUUUUUGAUGCACCGCGCCUCCGUGAUAUUAGAAAGAGGAUAGAUAAUGGAGCGUGCUCGAUUCAAGAAAUUGAGGAUACGGCGACUGAAAUGCUUCCUGAAAUCGCGGAACUUUCAUCGGACUACCUCGGCAACACAGUUGUUCAGAAGUUGUUCGAAUAUUGUUCUGAACAGACCAAGGAAAGUAUGCUUGUCCAGAUUGCUCCCCAUUUGGCGGAAAUCGGCGUCCAUAAAAACGGAACCUGGGCAGCGCAGAAGAUUAUCGAUGUUGCCAAGACCCCAUCCCAAAUGAAGAUGAUCGUGGAUGCUCUUCGGCCGUUCACUGUGCCCCUCUUCCUGGAUCAAUAUGGGAACUAUGUUCUUCAGUGCUGUCUACGAUUUGGAAGUCCCUAUAAUGAUUUUAUCUUUGAGACUAUGUUGAGCCGGAUGUGGGCGAUUUCCCAAGGCAGAUUCGGUGCUCGUGCCAUGCGGGCUUGUCUAGAAAGCCACCAUGCCUCCAAAGAUCAGCAGCGGAUGCUUGCGGCCGCCAUCGCUCUUCACAGUGUUCAGCUGGCCACAAACGCGAAUGGAGCCCUUCUACUGACUUGGUUCCUUGACACUUGCACGUUUCCGCGCCGUCGAACCAUGCUCGCUCCAAGACUCGUGCCUCACCUUGUGCACCUCUGUACUCACAAGGUUGCCUACCUGACCGUUCUCAAAGUUAUCAAUCAACGUAACGAGCCUGAAGCCCGUGAAAUUGUGCUGAAGGCUCUGUUUUUCAGCCCUGGAGACGAGACCCUGGAGAGGAUCUUGAGUGACCAGUCCUCUGGGGCAACGCUGAUUUUCAAAGUCCUGACGACUCCUUUCUUCGAUGAGUCUAUGCGUGUAGAGGUCGUGAAAAACGUGUCCAAAGUUCUUACAAGGCUAAAGGCUACUCCAAACCAAGGAUAUAAACGCCUAAUGGAUGAGGUUGGGCUCUCAUCGCGCGGGAAUACUCGAGACCAUCACCACCAUGGACGGGAGCAUGCUGGAGGACAUUCUUCCAACGCGGACAAACAACAGCACCGUUCGGCGCCUCGUCAGGCAAAUACUAAUUACCACUCCCAGUCUGGUAUAGAGAGACAAUACAGCGCGCCGUUUGCUCAAACCUUGGACGGCCCGCGGCCAGUUUCCUCUGAGCAGCAGGCAGGCAUUCCGCCAUUUGACCCUUAUGGGAUCCAUGGUAUGAACGGAAUUGGUGCAAUUGGAGGCGUUACUACUUUAAAUGGAGGAAUCGGCGGGGUCAACGGCGCAGGCUUUACCCAAGACCCCAUGAUGCCAGUGACUCAGCAGCAGCUCCAGUACCAGACUUACCUAGCGGCGCAGUCGCGAGGUGUUUCUCCUGCCGGGGUUUACCCACCUAUGGCUGGCACCAACUUUGGAUAUACAACUGGAACGCCUUCCAUGGAUAGUCUGCGAACCAUGCAAGCGAACUCCUCGCCUUUAACUGCUGCACCACCUCAGAUAAACACCGGUCCUAUCCUCGGCCAGCCAGCUUUUGCCGGCCAGUCGUUCAGUCCGGUGGUGAGUACUCCACAGAUGUAUCAAUACGGCCCGCAGUUCUACUCCCAGGCGCAGGCUCCGCAAGGGCAAUCCGCCGGAGGGCGGCGUGGGCGAAUGGGUCAUUCCCAGCGCGUGUGA